CUAACGCAGUUUUAUAAACACGUUCACAUACACAGGAAGGCGGCUUGACAAAAAAGUCGACUCGACCAGUGCGUAAGGUCGAUAGUCUCUAUGGUGGCCGGCUUUCAAAUAUUAAAUAGCGCUUAAAAGAACUUUUCGCUGUGACUUUAUCUCUAGCGUGAUUUGUUUUGUUAAGACUUAUUCAUCAGAUAGCGCUGUAUCCGGUGGAUAGCGUUGACCAGUCUUCGAACAAUUGCCGUCCUGGUGAGUUCUGCCAAGGCCAAGUGGAAAAUUUCUACUGUAGCUCGAAGGGACAGUCCCGCAUCCCAUCAUGCAACUCGAUACCAGAUGCUUUCAAAGUUAGGGUAUAGCGGCAAUUCCAGCCAUUUCUGUGUCUGUCGGCGGCGCGAUUGGUAGCGUGAACGUUACCGUGUUUUGAACAGUUUAGUCUGAACAGUUUCAUCGUCAGUGAUAAAGAAAAAAGACUUUUGUUAAGUCUCAAGCCAUUGGUUUAUUUGUAGGAUUCGCAGUUGCAUUUAUAGCCUCGUCGAUGGCAGCAGUUGAUGACUGCCAAGACAUGAAAUACUGGAAUGGCACACACUGUGUUCAAUGCAGUGGAUGCCCACGUGGCUUUGGAGUUAGAACAAAAUGCACAUCAAAACAAGAUACAGAUUGUCAACCGUGUUGGCCUGAUUACGACUACUCCAACACUACUGGAUAUGAGAGAUGUAUCCUCUGUGACAAGUAUUCGAAUUGCCUCCCUGGCAAUUCGAAAAAAAUCAGAAACUGCACUAUUUUCUCUGGACCUGUGUGUGACGGUUGCGAGGAUGGUUACUAUCGUGAGCCUCUAGUUGGACCCAACGGAGGGUGUGUUGAAUGCUCUCCAAAGUGCAGCAUCCUUCAAGUAGAAAUAAGAUCUUGUAGUACUGAUCAUGACCGGGAGUGCAAGGCAAAAGGACCGGUCACCACCCCGAACCUGAGUGAUUCCCCCACGGGCUCUGAUAAAAUCCCCAGCAGUACUGCUCACCAAGGGCCGAAUGUGGAACCAGAAGAACCAGCUGGAACUUCCCACCCCUCAUCAAUUCCAUUGGCAAAAGAUUCAAGGUUAUGGAGCGGCAUCGGUGGAGGAAGCAUAAUUCUAUUUAUAGCAAUGGUUGCAGUCAUAAUACGCAAAAAAUUAAAAAAUCGAAGGAAACUGGAUGCCAAGCAAAGGCAACCACUGAUGUCAUCUGUUAAACCGGGUAAGUGUUAAUAGCCCACCUCCCUCGGGGGACUGAGGGGGAGGGUGGGGCAUAGGCUAAUGGCUAGCGUGGUGAACUUCGGAUCAAGUGGUCAAGUUAAAGUUGACGUUUGCCCCUGGCUGGAGUCUCUGUGUUGCGUUUUUAGAGUAUGUUAGCCUUAGAAUGCCUUUUCCGCAAAGGGAAGAAAAUUGGUACCGGGAAAUUCACCUCUUGGGCGGAGGUAGCCCUGCCAUGAACUGGCAGCCCAUCCACGAGGAG